AUGAGCUCUGUGUCCAUAUUCUUCCUCUCUUUCCUUCUGCUACCAGCUGCAUCUAUGGAUUGCCCAACUGGAUUCACAAGUAUAGCGACAACUGGUCAAUGUCUGAAAAUUAUUGUUGCUCCGUUGAGCUACUCGGAUGCCUCGGCAAAAUGCAAAUCCCUCGGUGCCAAGGUGCUCACUAUUCAAAACGCUAUUCAGAAUAAUGCCGUCUUGAGCUUCGCCACUGCUUCGACGACUGGAAACGAUAAGGAUUACUGGCUUGGGCUCCAAUGCGCAGCAGCUUCCUCGGUUCUUGCACUUGGGAUGACGGGAGCAAGUUAAUGUUUGAUGGAUUUGCUAAGGGCCAGCCAAACAAUCGCUAUGGAACUUGUGUUUUUGUUGGAAACCGCAGUCAAACUGCCGGUCAGUGGGUCAGUGCCGAGUGUGGCUUGGUGAAGACUAAUGUUAUUUGUGAAGUUAAUUGAUU